AACCAUGUAAACGAUUUAGCAGGCCAAACCCAACGCUUUAGCCCAAGAAAUGCCGAACUACCCCAAAAAAUGUUAACACCAGCAGCAGCAUCAACGACAACAGAGAAUUUGUAUGGAAAAGUUUGUGCCACCAGCAUGCCGCAAUACAGCAUCAGUUGAGUUUAUUAUCUCCAUGGGAGUGGAUAAUGUGCUUUCGUUGUACUCUCUCACGCGAAGCAAGGCAUUCAGUGCUUUUUGGGGCUUGGCUGCCUAAAAGCGGGACAAAUUCGGCUCAAAUGCUGUACAUAUAAAGCGAAUGAUUUAUGUACGUUGCUUGGCUAGCGCAUAAAAUAGUUCGUACUUAGUUGUUAAUGCAAUCCAAUGUUAAAUUGUCACUAAAAAGCAAAUAUAAUUACGGGUAAAAUAUACAUAUUCAAUAUUGUAAAAUAAACAGCUUUCAAAGCGUAACAAACGCAGCGGAAAUUUAUUAAAAACACAAACACCAUGGCAAUUAAAUUGUAUGAUCCUUAAAUUGGUGAUUCUCCAAUCUACGCCUGGACAUUUUAAUAUUACAGUAACUUAUCUCCAUUGAAAAAGCAUUUAUAGUACCUAGAAAAUACCUUACACAAGUUUACUCAAGUCCUUUGGACAAUAGAAUUUAAUUGUAUUUAAAAAAGUUUUGCUUUUCUUAUAUAUUACCAUCAAAAUGCCAGCAGGCAGGGUAGCCGGGAAAGCUGGCUAUUCCAAUCAUUAUUACAACGGGCGCUCGUACGUGGGCAUCAACGAGGAGAUAAUGUGGGUUAGCAUAGGAAUGGGGGUAACAAUUGCAAUUCUCAUAACCAUUGCGUUGUGUUAUAUUGCACGUGAAAAAUGUCAAAAACGCCAACGUGAAUAUUAUGUGACCGCGUAGUUCCUUUCGCAAUCAUUCAUUUCAUAUACACCGCUAUACCGUUUACCUUUCCUGAUUUAAAUAUGGUCAAUUGUGAAUCCGCCAUCCAUCUGAAUUGUAAGGUUAACUUAUGGCAUUGUUCUCAAAGAUUCACCUAAUCAUACUCACUCCUAAAAAGUUCAACGAUUCCCGCGGAAGCAAGUAUGUUAUGGGUCGGGGGUGCAGUAUGGGGCAAAAAGAAAAUAUUGCGACGAGUGAAAAAUAAAAGCAACGCACAAGAAAACAACCAACUUCCGUAAAAUAAAAAGGUAUAUUAAAGCAUAUUACAUUGUUCACGCACUUACAUACAUAUUCAUGUUGGUAUAUAUGUACAUACAUACGUGUGUGUGUCGUACAUAAACGCGUAUGCAUACAUACACAUAUACAUAUGUACUAUUAAAAGCCAUAUGUACACAUGUACAUGUAUUUGUCUCAAAUGUAUUGUCAUGUUGUGUAUUAGAAUUGAAACCAAAUGUAUUAUUGAAGUAAAUUAGGACCUUUAUUAUACACGAUUAAAUACCCAGAAUCCUCUAAUAAGCCUUUUUAUUGAUAUAACCUUAUGUAUAAAAAUCGAGGUACACCUUUGCUCAAUAUAAAUUAUUAAUUAUAUUGAAAAACAUAGUUUACCAAGAAAUAAAAGCGAACAGCAAAGAGUAA